UAAGCCGCCAUCAUGAGUACGGACGCGGAGAUGGCCGUUUAUGGCAAGGCUGCCAUUUAUUUGCGUAAGCCUGAGAAGGAGAGAAUCGAGGCUCAAAACAAACCCUUCGAUGCCAAGUCUGCCUGCUAUGUGGUUGACGAUAAAGAGCUGUACGUCAAGGGAACAAUCAAGAGCAGAGAUGGUGGCAAAGUCACUGUUACCGUGCUUGACACUAAAGAGGACAGAGUUGCCAAGGAGGAUGACGUCCACCCAAUGAAUCCUCCCAAGUUCGACAAGAUUGAGGACAUGGCCAUGAUGACCCAUCUCAAUGAACCCUCUGUGCUUUAUAACCUCAAAGAGCGUUAUGCCGCAUGGAUGAUCUACACCUACUCUGGGCUUUUCUGUGCCACUGUGAACCCCUACAAGUGGCUCCCAGUGUAUGACCCAGAAGUGGUGGCUGCCUACAGAGGCAAAAAGCGUAUGGAGGCCCCCCCCCACAUCUUCUCUGUCUCUGACAACGCCUAUCAGUUCAUGUUAACUGACAGAGAGAACCAGUCUGUCCUUAUUACUGGAGAAUCCGGUGCUGGAAAGACUGUGAACACAAAACGUGUCAUCCAGUACUUUGCCACAGUUGCAGUUCAAGGUGACAAGAAGAAAGAACAGAGUGCCGGCAAAAUGCAGGGCUCUCUUGAGGAUCAGAUCAUUGCUGCCAACCCUUUGCUUGAGGCUUAUGGUAAUGCCAAGACUGUGAGAAAUGACAACUCCUCUCGUUUUGGUAAAUUCAUCAGAAUUCAUUUCGGUACAUCUGGAAAACUGGCUAGUGCUGAUAUUGAGACAUAUCUGCUGGAGAAGUCUAGAGUGACAUUCCAGCUUUCAGAUGAGAGAGGCUACCACAUCUUCUACCAGAUGAUGACCAACCACAAGCCUGAGCUGAUUGAAAUGACACUCAUCACCACCAACCCCUACGACUUCCCCAUGUGCAGUCAGGGUCAGAUCACAGUGGCUAGCAUUGAUGAUAAAGAGGAGCUGGUCGCUACUGAUACUGCUAUUGACAUUCUGGGCUUCAGUGCUGAGGAGAAAAUGUGCAUCUACAAGUUUACUGGAGCUGUGCUUCAUCAUGGUAACAUGAAGUUCAAGCAGAAGCAGCGUGAGGAGCAGGCUGAGCCUGAUGGCACAGAGGAGGCUGACAAAAUUUCCUACCUUCUGGGUCUGAACUCUGCUGAUAUGUUGAAGGCUUUGUGCUACCCCAGAGUCAAGGUCGGAAAUGAGUUUGUGACCAAAGGUCAGACCGUACCACAGGUGUACAACGCUGUCAGUGCCUUGUGCAAAUCUAUCUAUGAGAGGAUGUUCUUGUGGAUGGUUAUUCGUAUCAACCAGAUGUUGGACACAAAACAGCAGAGAAAUUUCUUCAUUGGUGUGCUGGAUAUUGCUGGCUUUGAGAUCUUUGACGUAAGAAUUUUUUAUGUUUAUCUCUCGUUAUGGCAAAUUCAGUCACAUUCAGCAGUCAGUAAAUGGUCCUGUUUCUUUCUCCAGUUCAACAGCAUGGAGCAGCUGUGCAUCAACUUCACUAAUGAGAAACUGCAACAGUUUUUCAACCACCACAUGUUUGUGCUGGAACAAGAGGAGUACAAGAAGGAGGGCAUUGUUUGGGAGUUCAUUGACUUCGGCAUGGACUUGGCUGCUUGCAUUGAGCUCAUUGAGAAGCCCAUGGGUAUCUUCUCCAUCCUUGAAGAGGAGUGCAUGUUCCCCAAAGCUACAGACACUUCCUUCAAGAACAAGCUGUAUGAUCAGCAUCUUGGCAAGUGCAAUGCUUUCCAGAAACCAAAGCCUGCCAAAGGCAAGGCUGAGGCCCACUUCUCCCUGGUCCACUACGCUGGAACUGUGGACUACAACAUUUCUGGCUGGUUGGACAAGAACAAGGAUCCACUGAAUGAGUCUGUUCUGGGGCUUUACCAGAAGUCUUCUGUCAAACUGCUGGCUACUCUCUACCCACCUGUUGUUGAGGAGACUGGUGGCGGAAAGAAGGGAGGCAAGAAGAAGGGUGGUUCCAUGCAGACUGUGUCUUCUCAGUUCAGAGAGAACUUGGGCAAGCUCAUGACCAACUUGAGGAGCACACACCCUCACUUUGUGCGUUGUCUGAUUCCCAAUGAGUCUAAGGUUCCAGGUUUGAUGGAGAACUUCCUGGUUAUCCACCAGCUGAGGUGUAACGGUGUGCUGGAGGGCAUCAGAAUCUGCAGAAAGGGCUUCCCCAGCAGAAUCCUCUAUGGUGACUUCAAGCAGAGAUACAAGGUGCUGAAUGCCAGUGUAAUCCCUGAGGGACAGUUUAUUGACAACAAGAAGGCUGCUGAGAAACUCCUGGGAUCCAUUGAUGUUGAUCACGACCAGUACAGAUUUGGACACACAAAGGUGUUCUUCAAAGCUGGUCUUCUGGGUACUCUUGAGGAGAUGCGUGAUGAGAAACUGGCUUCUCUGGUCACAAUGACUCAGGCCGCCUGCCGUGGUUUCCUGAUGAGGAGGGAGUUUGUGAAGAUGACGGAGAGGAGGGAUGCAAUUUACACCAUCCAAUACAACGUCCGCUCAUUCAUGAAUGUCAAACACUGGCCAUGGAUGAAGGUGUACUACAAGAUUAAACCUCUGCUCAAGAGUGCUGAGACUGAGAAGGAGCUGGCAACAAUGAAGGAGGACUUUGUAAAAUGCAAGGAAGAUCUUGCCAAGGCUGAAGCCAAGAAGAAGGAGCUUGAAGAAAAGAUGGUGGCACUGCUGCAAGAGAAAAAUGAUCUGCAGCUGCAAGUGGCUUCUGAAUCUGAGAAUCUCUCAGAUGCUGAGGAGAGAUGUGAGGGUCUUAUCAAGAGCAAAAUCCAGCUUGAAGCUAAACUCAAAGAAACAACUGAGAGACUGGAAGAUGAGGAAGAAAUCAAUGCUGAACUGACAGCCAAGAAGAGGAAACUGGAGGAUGAGUGCUCUGAGCUGAAGAAAGACAUUGAUGACCUGGAGCUCACCUUGGCUAAAGUGGAAAAGGAGAAACACGCCACUGAGAAUAAGGUUAAGAACUUGACUGAGGAAAUGGCGGCUCAGGAUGAGAGCAUUGCCAAGCUGACAAAGGAGAAGAAAGCUCUCCAAGAGGCACAUCAGCAGACCCUGGAUGAUCUCCAGGCAGAGGAGGACAAAGUCAACACCCUGACCAAAUCCAAGACAAAGCUUGAACAGCAAGUUGAUGAUCUUGAGGGUUCCCUUGAACAAGAAAAGAAGCUCCGCAUGGAUCUCGAGAGAGCAAAGAGAAAGCUUGAAGGAGACCUGAAAUUAGCCCAAGAGUCCAUCAUGGACCUGGAGAAUGACAAGCAGCAGUCUGAGGAGAAGCUGAAGAAGAAAGACUUUGAAACAAGUCAACUGCUCAGCAAGAUUGAAGAUGAACAAUCUCUGGGAGCUCAACUCCAGAAGAAGAUCAAGGAGCUUCAGGCUCGCAUUGAGGAACUGGAGGAAGAAAUUGAGGCUGAGCGUGCUGCCCGUGCCAAGGUUGAGAAGCAGAGAGCUGAUCUCUCCAGGGAACUUGAGGAGAUCAGUGAGAGGCUUGAGGAGGCUGGAGGAGCCACUGCUGCUCAGAUUGAGAUGAAUAAGAAGCGUGAAGCUGAAUUCCAGAAGCUGCGUCGUGAUCUUGAAGAGUCCACCCUCCAGCAUGAAGCUACCGCUGCUGCCCUCCGUAAGAAGCAGGCAGACAGUGUGGCCGAGCUGGGAGAGCAGAUCGACAACCUCCAGCGUGUCAAGCAGAAGCUUGAGAAGGAGAAGAGUGAAUACAAAAUGGAGAUCGAUGAUCUUUCCAGCAACAUGGAGGCUGUUGCCAAAGCAAAGGGCAAUCUUGAGAAGAUGUGCCGCACACUUGAGGACCAACUUAGUGAAAUAAAGUCUAAGAAUGACGAGAACCUUCGCCAGAUAAAUGACCUCAGUGCUCAAAGAGCAAGGCUUCAAACUGAAAAUGGUGAGUUUGGCCGUCAGCUGGAGGAGAAAGAAGCUCUGGUUUCUCAGCUCACCAGAGGCAAACAAGCUUUCACUCAGCAAAUUGAGGAGCUUAAGAGACAGAUUGAAGAGGAGGUUAAGGCUAAGAACGCACUGGCUCAUGCUGUGCAAUCAGCCCGCCAUGACUGCGACCUGCUCCGUGAGCAGUUUGAGGAAGAGCAGGAGGCAAAGGCUGAGCUGCAGAGGGGAAUGUCAAAGGCCAACAGUGAAGUUGCUCAGUGGAGAAGCAAAUAUGAAACUGAUGCCAUCCAGCGCACUGAGGAGCUUGAAGAGGCCAAGAAGAAGUUGGCUCAGCGUCUCCAAGAGGCAGAGGAACAAAUUGAGGCUGUGAACUCCAAAUGUGCCUCUCUGGAGAAGACCAAACAGAGACUCCAGGGUGAGGUGGAGGACCUCAUGAUUGAUGUGGAAAGAGCCAAUGCUUUGGCUGCCAACCUUGACAAGAAGCAGAGGAACUUUGACAAGGUCCUGGCAGAAUGGAAGCAGAAAUAUGAGGAAGGUCAGGCAGAGCUUGAAGGUGCCCAGAAAGAGGCUCGUUCACUCAGCACUGAGCUGUUCAAGAUGAAGAACUCCUAUGAGGAGACUCUGGAUCAGCUGGAGACCCUCAAGAGAGAGAACAAGAAUCUGCAGCAGGAGAUUUCAGAUCUGACUGAGCAGUUGGGUGAGACUGGUAAGAGCAUUCAUGAGCUGGAAAAGGCCAAGAAGACAGUAGAGACUGAGAAGGCUGAGAUUCAGACCGCCUUGGAGGAGGCAGAGGGCACCCUGGAGCAUGAGGAGUCCAAGAUUCUCCGUGUCCAGCUUGAGCUCAACCAGGUCAAGAGUGAGAUUGACAGGAAGCUUGCAGAAAAGGAUGAGGAGAUGGAGCAGAUCAAGAGGAACAGCCAGAGAGUCAUUGAAUCCAUGCAGAGCACUCUGGACUCUGAGGUCAGGAGCAGGAAUGAUGCCCUGAGAAUCAAGAAGAAAAUGGAGGGAGACCUCAAUGAGAUGGAGAUUCAGCUGAGCCACGCCAAUCGCCAGGCUUCUGAGGCCCAGAAACAGCUCAGGAACAUUCAGGGACAACUCAAGGAUGCCCAACUGCACCUUGAUGAUGCUGUGAGAGGACAGGAAGACAUGAAGGAGCAGGUGGCAAUGGUGGAGCGCAGAAACAAUCUGAUGCAAGCUGAGAUUGAGGAGCUGAGAGUUGGUCUGGAGCAGACAGAGAGAGGCCGCAAAGUGGCUGAACAAGAGCUGGUGGACGCCAGUGAGCGUGUUGGACUGCUGCACUCUCAGAACACAAGUCUCUUGAACACCAAGAAGAAGCUUGAGGCUGACCUUGUUCAGGUCCAGAGUGAGGUUGACGACACUGUACAGGAAGCCAGGAAUGCAGAGGAGAAGGCCAAGAAGGCCAUCACUGAUGCUGCAAUGAUGGCAGAAGAGCUCAAGAAGGAGCAGGACACCAGCGCUCACCUUGAGAGGAUGAAGAAGAAUCUGGAGGUGACAGUGAAGGAUCUGCAGCACCGUCUGGAUGAGGCUGAGAAUCUGGCCAUGAAGGGAGGAAAGAAACAACUCCAGAAACUGGAGUCCAGAGUCCGUGAGCUUGAGGGUGAAGUUGAAGCAGAGCAGAGACGUGGCGUUGAUGCUGUUAAAGGUGUCCGCAAAUAUGAGAGGAGAGUCAAGGAGCUCACCUACCAGACUGAGGAGGACAAGAAAAACCUCAACAGACUGCAGGAUCUGGUUGAUAAACUUCAGCUGAAGGUCAAGGCUUACAAGAGACAGGCAGAAGAAUCUGAGGAACAAGCCAAUACUCAUCUGUCCAAGUUGAGGAAGGUGCAGCAUGAGCUGGAGGAAGCUGAGGAGCGUGCUGACAUUGCUGAGUCUCAGGUCAACAAGCUCAGAGCUAAGAGCCGUGACUCUGGAAAGGGCAAGGAGGCGGCUGAGUGAAAAAACAUACCAUGUACAUCUUAUAAACAUUAAAAAUGAAUAAACCUUGAAAUUCAACAGCUUUA